AAAGGUGCCUAUAAAUUCAGGGGUCCUCUCCGUCCUCAGAGAAACAGUAAGCAUCCAGCAGGAAGUACUGGACUAAGGAUAUUGAGGAACUUAUCAUUUUUCUUUAAAUUGGAUUAAAAUCUUCAAGUGAGCAGUGGUAUGCUGGCUGGCUCACUUCUGAGAAAGUUUAUGGCCAGAAGCUUUUCAACGACAGAACCCUUCCCAAAGCCGUGUCACAUUCUUGAGAAAACUUGAAACUUCUCUGCAUCAUUUUGUAAAGAAAUAAAAAUGGUUGCAGUGAAACCGACCGACUUGGUGCCCUCUGCGGGCAUUAAGUUCUUUGGAGCAGGAACGGCAGCCUGCAUUGCUGACCUCAUCACCUUUCCUCUGGAUACGGCCAAAGUCAGACUACAGAUCCAGGGCGAGUCUCAAAAGGUUGAAGGAUCCGGUGUGGUGAAGUACCGGGGUGUGUUCGGAACCAUCAAAACCAUGGUGCGCACAGAAGGAGCCAGGAGUCUUUACAACGGACUGGUCGCCGGUCUCCAGAGGCAGAUGAGCUUCGCAUCUGUUCGGAUCGGCCUUUAUGACUCCAUGAAGCAAUUCUACACUCGAGGCACAGAGAGUGCUGGGAUUGUUACCCGACUCAUGGCAGGCUGCACCACAGGAGCCAUGGCUGUGGCUUUUGCACAACCAACAGAUGUGGUGAAGGUGCGUUUCCAAGCCCAGGUGCGAGUGGUUGAUGGGGAGAGGAGAUACAACAGCACCCUGGACGCCUACAAGACAAUUGCCAGAGACGAAGGAGUUCGGGGACUCUGGAGAGGCUGCAUGCCAAACAUCACCAGGAAUGCCAUUGUAAACUGUGCAGAACUGGUCACCUACGACAUGAUCAAAGAACUAAUUUUGAAGUAUGACCUAAUGACAGACAACCUGCCCUGCCACUUCACAGCUGCCUUUGGUGCUGGCUUCUGCACAACUGUAGUAGCGUCUCCAGUAGAUGUGGUUAAAACACGGUUCAUGAACUCAGGAAAUGGACAGUACACCAGCGCCAUCAACUGCGCCCUGACGAUGCUGAGAAACGAAGGACCUGCAGCCUUCUAUAAAGGAUUCAUGCCUUCUUUUCUGCGUCUUGGAUCUUGGAACAUUGUCAUGUUUGUGACAUAUGAACAAAUUAAAAGGGGUAUGACCAGAGCACAGCAGUACUGGGAGUCACCGUUUCAUUUCUGCAAGAUCUUCUAUGGAAAAACAAGGAAGCUGGUUUAUAGCUGGAACAACGUUCAGCCAAAGAGACACCUUCAGAGAAUCCUGAUCUUCUGUGUUUCUGUCGCACUGACUGUUCCAGUAAAGAUUUUUGGAUCAGAUAAUUGUCCGGUCCAUAUACAAACGCUGCCAUUGAAUUUUAGUUUUAAUCCAAAGAGAAUAAUAAAAAAAAUGGUUGGAUUUCAGCCAGCGGAUGUGCCUCCAACAGCAGCUGUUAAGUUUGUGGGUGCAGGAACUGCAGCCUGCAUUGCUGACCUGCUCACCUUUCCCCUGGAUACUGCCAAAGUGCGGCUGCAAGUCCAAGGAGAGACCAGCAUCUCUGAAGCAAUGGGGAAAGUUCCUGCAGUAAAAUAUCGGGGUGUGUUUGGUACCAUCAUCACCAUGGUGCGCACAGAGGGGCCUUUGAGUCUUUACAGCGGGCUGGUUGCAGGGCUCCAGAGACAGAUGAGCUUCGCCUCUGUCCGCAUUGGUCUCUAUGACUCUGUUAAGCAGUUCUACACUAAAGGAUCUGAUCACGUCAGCAUUGGCAGUCGUCUGCUUGCGGGAUGUACCACAGGAGGAAUGGCUGUGGCUCUGGCUCAGCCCACAGAUGUGGUGAAAGUCCGUUUUCAGGCACAGGCCAGGUCUAAUGAGUGCGCAAGGCGCUACUGUGGCACCAUUGAUGCUUACAAGACCAUUGCUAAGGAGGAAGGCAUCCGUGGUCUCUGGAAAGGCACAGGACCCAACAUUGCCCGCAAUGCCAUCGUUAACUGCACAGAGCUGGUGACAUAUGACUUCAUUAAGGAUUUCCUCCUCACCUCCACUCCCCUGUCUGACAACCUGCCUUGCCACUUCGUAUCAGCCUUUGGUGCCGGGUUAUGCACAACUGUGAUCGCUUCCCCAGUGGAUGUGGUCAAAACCAGAUACAUGAACUCCGUUCUCGGCCAGUACAGCAGCGUCCUCAACUGUGCUGCUGCCAUGAUGGCCAAAGAAGGUCUGCUUGCCUUUUAUAAGGGCUUCAUGCCAUCGUUCUUACGGCUGGGCUCCUGGAACGUGGUGAUGUUUGUCACAUACGAGCAGCUGAAGCGAGCUUUGAUGGCAGCGAAUCACAGCCGAACAGCUUUAUUAUAACCACUGAAGCUUACCUGAAGGCUGCUACUGGAAAACAGCUGCCUUCCAUUUAGCUUUCUUUCAGUGCACACUUCGGCUCAUACCUAAUGCAGUAAACCUUUUUUAAAGUUUUUGGGAGUGCCACACAUUUAGCUAAACUAGUGUGAAUAUUUCAGAUUUAGAGCUUGUUUGAUCAGAUGCUUGCUUUCAGCGCAGAGCUUUUCUGGGAAUUCAAUGUCAAAGGUGAGGAUGAGGCUUCCUCUCUGGGUCGGAUCCUGCGGCAGCGGCAUUCCCUCUCCACUCAGCACUUUUUUGUACGACUGGCUGGUUCAUCAUGGGGAAAAAAAGAAAGUGGUGCUGAUAUUAAAACAUACACUUGA